AUGUUGCAGCAAAAACGCUAUUGUGUAAUCGGUGCUGGGAGUUCUGGCAUCUGCACGGCUAAAGCGAUACUAGACAGUGGAGGCUCCGCAACGAUAUACGAGCGAACCGAUGAAAUCGGAGGCACAUGGGUGUAUACGGACGAAGUCGGUACCGAUCGUUACGGGCUACCGGUACACACUAGCAUGUACGAAGGCCUUAAAACAAACCUACCGAAAGAGAUAAUGGGAUUUCCGGGGUACGAAAUGCCUAGCCAAGAUGCGUCCUAUGUACGGUCCGACGAGGUGUUACAGUUCAUUCGAGACUAUUCCAACCAUUACGAUGUUACAAAGCGGAUCGCAUUUGCACAUCUGGUGCAGGAGGUAAAACCGGCCGCAAAAGGUGCCGAUGGAUGGAGUGUUACUGUACGGAAUUUGGCUAGUGGAAUGGAGUCGACAGAAGAGUUUGAUUUUGUGCUAGUAUGCAAUGGCCACUAUCACACACCAUUCGUCCCAUCGUACCCAGGCAGAGAGUGCUUUCUGGGCAAGCAACUACACAGUCACGACUAUCGAAAGUCGUCAAUUUUUAAAGAUCAGCUUGUGCUGGUAAUCGGUGCCGGACCGAGUGGAACGGAUUUAACACUGGAAGCAGCCACGAUGGCCAAAACCGUAUACUUUAGCCAUCAUGUGCCGGAAAAGUUAAAGCAAUUAGUCUUUCCUUCGAAUGUGCUGCAGGUACCGGACGUAUUACGGAUCCUUCCGGACAGUGUGGAGUUUGUGGAUGGAUCACAACAUCCCGUAACAAUAAUUUUCUACUGCACCGGUUUCCGCUACAGCUUUCCCUUCCUUCAUCCUGACUGUGGUGUACAGGUGGACGAUAACUGGGUACGGCCACUGUACAAGCACGUACUGAACAUUAACCACCCUUCGAUGGCAUUCAUCGGACUUCCGUUUUACGUAUGCGCAACGCUCAUGUUCGAUUUGCAGGCUCGGUUCUGUGUGAAAUUUUACAGCGGUCAGCUACCGAUGCCCGGCAAAGAAGAAAUGCUACUAGACCACGAGCGUGAGAUGAAUGAGCGGUGGAGUAAAGGGCUCAAGAAACGACAGGCUCACAUGAUGGGUGCGGAUUAUCAAGGGCAAUACUAUCGCUCGUUAGCAGACCGUGCACAGAUCGUACCGAUACCGAAGGUCAUGACGGAUAUGCACAUCGAUAGCGGCAGGCGAAAGAAGGAGGAUUUGCAACGUUAUCGAAACGAUGUGUACCGCAUUGUGAAUGAGAACACUUUUGUAAAGUGUGACAUUUCGGAGUUGCAUCGGCUUGAGAAGGAGUUAGCUGAAAGGGAGAAAAAUAGCUAA